AUGUUAAAAAUUUUCGAGUGUAUGAGUCCCAUAAUUAGUGCUUUCUACAGUCAACGAACUCGGUACUACAAUAUCAAUAGCACACAUCUGAUUAUCGGUUAGCGGAUAAGAAGCAAGAAAAACAAAAGAGAGGUUUUAGUGAAUGUAGUUGAGCUCCAACCCUAUAUUCUGGUAGUGUUGUUGAAAGGCAAUUCCAGAUUAAUAGAAAUGGGUAUUUAGAGUGGCAGUUUAUAUCUGUAUGGAUAGUCGUAUGUUAACGAAGAUGGUAGAUUAGUUUUAUAUGAUAUAAAAAAAUAUCUGACCACAAAUUGCGGUUAGUAUAUUGACCCAGGAAUAUCUUCAAUACAAGACUUAGACCGUUCAUAAAACAUAAGUAAUUUAUGGCCGUUUAGGAAAUAGACUCAAAAUCGAAAGUAACUAGAUCAGUUUAGGACUAAUUUAAAUUGUCCGAUCUUAAAGUGAACUUUGAAUCUGGCAUGUCUAAAUUCCGACAAAAUAUUGCAAACUCACGAACAUAACAUCUCUAUUUGACGUAGGGACACAAAACAUAAUGAAAGGUAGUUUUAAUAUAGGUUCAAUUAGCAAACGAUGCUCGAGUACGCAUUUCUUAUCUCUUUCAAAAUUGAAGAAUCAGCGUAUGCAUUUGAAAUUCUAAAAAAGAACUGAGGAAAUUAACAAUAAGGCAACAUGCAUAUUUUCAACUGACCUUAUUAAGAAUUAGUAAAAUUUUGAUUUAUAAUGCUUUUUGAACUAUUUUUCAAUAGUCAAAAUAGUGGUAAAUGA